UCUAGUUGUCUGGUUUCGUCCAAGUUAUACGUCGCGGUUUCAAUAAUGACUGUCUUAAUUUCGACGGAUACAAUAAUCCUAACGGCAGCCGUUGUGUUCCUCGCAGCCAGCUGGAGCUUAUAUCAGAAGAGAAGAUCCUUUCAAAACAUAACCUCAAAAAUGCCCACACAAUGGGGUCUACCGUUUAUAGGCAUAGCUUAUCAGUUUAUACAUCUGAAUAAGGUUUAUCGCAAUGUAUCGCGUGGUUUUGAUGAGAUAAAGCAAUUAACAGGUUGCGUUUGGGUCGCCACCACACCGUACAUAGUGACUGUCGAACCGGAGGUUAUCAAAAAAAUAACGUCGUCACCGGAUUACCUGAACAAAGCGAGAGAUUUAUAUACACACUUUCACAAUGGUGUCAUCAAUGGCAUCAUCGUUAGUCCAGUGCAAAAAUGGAAAUUAGAUCGCAAAGCCGUCAGCCCCUUUCUCGGUCAUAAUAAUCUGAUGAGCUUCUUUCCAUUGUUCAAUGAAAAUGCAAUAAGUGUUAAAAAUAAACUGGCUGGCAUGGCAGGUCGCGGUGAACAAGAUGUCUACGCAGUCAUCAAGGCAUUCGGCUUACAGUUGAGCAUAUUAACGAUCAUGGGCAUAAAGAUGGAAGAGGGCACCAAGAAAUAUGAUGAGACUAUGAAUGCAUUCAUUGUUUUAGUUCACCAUAUGGCACAGAAUUCAAUUUACUCAUCUGUUGGAUUGGGAUUUCUUGCUAAUACCCCUGAAUAUCAUAGAAUUCUCAAAUAUUUACGAAAACUAGUUCGAUCGUUAAUUCAAGAAAAUCUCGCAAAGCAAGUAGAAUCAGAGGAAAUGAAUAACUUCGAUGAGGAUAACCAAUCGUUAAUUAAUCUAACGCUAAAGGCAAUGCGUCAGGGACAAUUUACAGAGAAGGAUGUGGAAAUCGAGUGUUUCACAAUGAUUGCAGCGUCUUAUGAGACCUCAGCUAGUGCCGCAUUUUCAUGCUUAGUAAUGCUGGCCAUGCACCCAGAAAUUCAAGAACGUGUCUUUCAAGAGAUUCGCAGCGUUUAUCCCGAUGGCAUUACCUCAGUGGAAUAUGAGGAUCUAAAGAAAUUCUCAUACUUGGAUCGUUUCAUCGCUGAAGCCUUACGUUUAGCGCCACCCAUACCGUAUAUUGGCAGACAAACCGUUAAGGAAACAGAACUAUUACCGGGACUAACACUUCCUAAGAAUAUGCAAAUAAUAAUACCAAUAUAUGAAUUGCACAGACGCAAAGAACUUUGGGGCCCAGAUGCUGAUCGCUUCAAUCCGGAUAACUUUUUGCCGGAGAAUGUUGCAAAACGACAUCCAUAUUCACAUAUGAUUUUCUCGAAAGGCGCCCGCAACUGCAUAGGUUUUCGCUAUGCUGACUUCUCAUUGCGUGUGCUUCUAAUAAAUUUAAUACGUAGCCUAAAACUCUCAACCUCUUUUAAAUACGAAGACAUUGUACACAUGCCCAAAGUUACAUUAAGCUAUGAAGUGGAACCGCGAAUUGCCAUAGAAGUGCGUAAGAAUUAAAGUACUAAAAUAAUAUAAAAAUAUUUGUAUGAAUUAAACUAAUAUGUAACA